AUGACUGCGCCGCAAGACAAUGACAGGACUAUUACUCUGGCCGCUUCGCCGUCGACGUUCGGGAAUGCUCGGCCAUCGACAGCCAUGGAGAUCGCAGCAAGCAGUAUCGCCUUCGUUCAGGCUGGGGUCGGCACGGGAAAGGCCAUCGUCAGAGCCAUUCGAAUGUGGGAGCAGGUCAAGCAGCUCCCCAACGACCUCAGAGCCCGACUCAAGAGGCUGGAAUCCCUCGAGCCCAUGCUGCGUCAUAUCGAAUCCGACUUUGCAAAGUACCCGGAACUACGCUUUCACCCAACCGCCCAGCAAUGUCUCGCCUAUGCGAUGGAAGUCGAAGCUACCAUGAAGUCUCACGUAGAGAAACUCGAGGGGAAGAUCCAGAGGCCUAGCAGCAACUUUAGAAAGCGGGUCAACUCGUUGAAGAUCAUAACGCUGAAGAAAGAGGAGAUUUCCAUGCUGGAGAGUGAGCUUGCUUGGGCCAUGGAAUCUUUGCAGCUUGCCAUCACUUACUUCCACAUGCAAACCUCGGAUCGAAUCAGAGAGUAUAGCAUAGCGUGCCAGGAGGAUGUGGUGAAAAAGACGGCGCAAGCUGUCGCCAAUAUGAUCAAGAUUCGGGAGGAAGUAGACACCAAAGUCGUUGACGCAGGGUCUGAAAAGGUGCUUCCUGCGCCCCCAAAGCGAAAACCAACCAUGGUCAUGAAAUCUGGAGCAUUUGGGCGAUACUCAUUCCAACGCUCCAGGAGCAACGACGGAUGGACCGCUUCAUUGCAGAUACCGUGGUCUCAAUCAGACUCAUCUGCAGUCUUUGAGACUGUUAAAAAUGGAGAUCUAAGGCGGCUGGUAAACCUUUUCAAGACGGGUGAAGCAACCCCAUUCGAUAGGAACGAAUCCGAUGUCAUCGUACGAUCUCGAACCAAUUUCAAACGGAAAGAUGAUGCCAACCACCGGGCCAUCGUUUCCCUUUUCCGCAAUGCCGCCCAAAGCACCCUCACACUAACCCUCGAACGCCUGUUUACCUUCAUGGCGGAGUACACCUACGGCGAUGAGUACAUCCGAGUAUACUAUUUCAAAUUUCUCACCGAUUACCAAACGCGCUUCUCUUUGAGCGACCGUCUCGAGGCAGUGAGGCUUGCCGCUUUCAUCGUGCGCGAGGAUACAACGUAUCUCAAUCUCCUAUCCUCCGAUCACACCAUAUCACCAAGCGAUGUUGAGAAGAGCGACGAAUACGGCUUCUCGCUGUUGCAUUCCGCAGCAAUAGCCACCGGGAUAAGACUCGCGGACGAACUGCAGUUUGACCGGCGGAUCUUACGGCAGCGCACUUACACAUCGGCCUGGAGUGACGUUAUCAUCAAGACCUUACGAAGCUUGCCCAACACAAUGAGUCUAUGUCACGUCGAGACUGUCGUCCCGUGGGAUUGGUUCGUCGUACCUGUCUGGAAAGCUACUCCCUUAAUAUCCCUUCUCGGUGGCGCCUUAUGCCGAGUAUCGCCUCACUUACCUUUGGAAGAAUGGGACGAUGUGUUCCAAGCUGUACUCAAACAAUGGCUCCGAGACCUAGUAUCUGCGGGCGUUGAUCUACUUACGUACGGGGAGCAAGAAUCUGAGACAAUGAGGACCGCACAUCCUGAAGUGAAGGGGGCUUUUGACAGCGAUGCCAUCAACCUUUCCCGCAAAGUGGUCAGGAAUCCGCUACAAGCGUGUAGUGAGCCCGGGUGGAUGACGAAGGUGGAAAGAGCCUUUGAUAGGAGUGAUCGAUACUGGAAACCAGUGCGGAUCAUCAGUCUCGACUACGGUCCAGACGUCGAUGAUUGGAGGGUUCACUGGGUCGUUGAGGUCGAGGCGUUUGCUGGCGGACAGGAGCUCACCCCGCGUCUUCGUCAUCCUCGUGCACCCCAAGGUUCCAAGCUCCCAAGUCGUCCCAGUGCGGGGCAGAUCGGCUCACUUCAACCUCUCCUAGCUCCAGCCUUAUCCAAAGACACAAGAUCCGGCAUCACUCAUCAAGCCCGCCAAUUAUCCGUCUCGAUCUCUGCUCUGAUUCUCUCGUGCCCUGCUAGCCACGGCAGCUUAUCUAAAGCUAUGGCGUCCGGAGACACCCGCCCGCCGGGCAAACAGGGAGAGUGGUACUUGGGCGACCCUUCAAGUCUGAGAGAGCAGCUCGAUGACUUUCUCUCCGACGUGCCCGAUCAGAUAGAGGAUAAUGGCUUGCCUGUCCCUGGCGCUCGAGUCAUCAUUGCCCCCCAUGCCGGCUACACAUACUCAGGUGCUACGGCAGCCUGGGCGUAUAAGGCUCUCGACCUCAGCAAAGCCAAACGCGUAUUCCUUCUUGGACCCUCUCAUACCUUCUACCUCGCAGGCUGCGCAGUCAGCACAUAUCAGAACUACGGAACACCAUGGGGAGAUCUCAAGGUGGACGAGGAAGUCACGGGCCGUCUCAUCGACGAGCGCGAAAUCCCCGGUAUCCCGAGAUCCAACGAUAGAAAGGAACACUCGCUAGAGAUGCACUUGCCGUACCUUUGGGUCCGCCUAGAGCAGACAUUCGGUUCGCCCGAGAAUUUCCCGCCCGUCGUACCGAUCCUCAUCGGCGAUAACAACAAGGCCGAAGAGAAGGAGGUGGGCAAGUGGCUCGCCGAGUACAUCAAGGACCCCGAGAACGCCUUCAUCGUCAGCUCCGACUUUUGUCACUGGGGUGGACACUUCGACUACACAAUCUACUGUCCAGACGGGACGCUCGAUAGCAAGGAGAGGCUCUACGAGUAUGGCCCCAAGCCCGACGGACCGCCUAUCCACGAGACUAUCAAGAUGGUGGAUGACCUGGCGAUCGAGGCCAUAAAGACGGGAAAACACAGCAGCUUCUACGACAACCUCAAGCAGACCAAGAACACGGUGUGCGGAAGACACCCGAUCGGAGUGACAAUGGCGGCGCUCGAAGAGCUGGGCGACCACCGGUUCACGUUCAUCCAAUACAAUCGCAGCACCCUCGUGACGCGCCCGAGGGACUCCAGCGUGAGCUACGUUUCGGCUUACGCAGUGGUAUGA